UCAAGUAAGUGUGAGAGCGCAACGCGAGGAUUAGAGGGCUUGGGAGCAUGGCGGGUGGAGGAGAUAGAUGAGGUGGAGGUGGGCGUCCCGCUUGGGUUUGGGCGGGGAUGAGGUCGGGGAGCGUGGCGGCGUGCACCGUGCUGCUCGAUACCGGAAUGGUACAGUCGCCUGUGGAAAAUGAACGGGCUAGCUCUGUUGCCAGUGGCAACGCAGUUCUAGCUCUCAAAAAUCUCACCGAUGUGCCACCGUUGUGUGCUCGUGUGACUUAUGUCGUUGCACACAACUCUCCCGCUGACACCAGGGCAUCACACAAGCCGCCCACUGCUUGGGUGUGGUCGCCGCGCAAGGAGUCACGGCUGGAUCACGUCCGCAUCGUCGCGGAAGGAAGCGACCCGGCGCUGUGCCUUGCUGCACCUCUUGAUGCGAACGGCACACCCAAAGCAGGCGACCUGACCCUCGUGUCGUGCCACGGCAAGUUCGCAGAUGACUUUGCUGGCGGCGCGUCCAAGGACCCAUCGCGGUGGACUAUGAUGGACGAGCCUGGAGGCACCGUGAGCUUCCACCUUCCCAAGGGCUUGUUCAUGGGGUAUUCGGACAGCGAUGUUGGCGCGACCAACAACUAUGAGUGGAGCAGCCGAUGGGUAGGGCUGGCGGCGGGAGACAAGUUGGAGUAGGCCGGGCUACACGCGGAAGUAGGAGGCCGGCCAGACUGCAGCGAUCGGGGAAGAGACCCGAGGAGAUGGAAACAUGAGAGCAUCAUGAGAGCACCGUAGUGAGAUGCAGC